UCAAUUCUGAUACAGGCUUGAAGAUGAACACUAUCGUGUUUGGGUUGAUUUUUAUUUGUUCUUUAAAACAAAUUUGGUGUUUCAAGCUAGCACAUGCGGAGAGAUACAAGAGGGAUGCGGACGAAGGGGUAACUGAAUUUCCCUUUGCACAAGCUAAGGUGAAAUACCACCGGUCCCGCUACUGCAUCACUGCCUUCGGGGAAACUAAUUGCGUUAGAAUGGAAGAGGAACCCGGAAACGCUGCCAAAUUAGCAAAACUCUACAAAAUAGUAGUGCAGGGUUACGGACGAAAGCUAGGCCUACGUACAGGUCAAAAUAAGCCAAGUCUCCGAAGCCUCGAUGCUAUACUGAGCCAAGACAUAAACAUGGACGCACUAAACGUGUUGAUUAAGCCCCAAAGAAACCAAAACGUGAAGACGGGUGCAUUAGUAAGUAUCCAGCCGAGAAAAACGAACCAAGAUACACCAAAAAUCAGCAACGAGAUUAAGCCCUUCUUUAGGGAGCUCCCUAAAAAGAUGAGUCAAAAGAUUGAAUUGCAUAAAUAUGUAACUCAAAAGCCGUUACAUGUCGCCCCUGUUCCGCGUAGAAGCGGUCUUUUAUACCGUUCUCAGAUUUUGGAUCUGAACUUUAACCCGGAACGCAGAGUUGGCGUGGUGGGUACUUAUCCGCAACAGAAGAAAUAAGUAUCCCGAGUUUAUUUUCAAUAUAAAUUUUAUAAUACCUAUGUAUGCUACUUUUUAAGGUAUUUAUGGGCCACUAGUUGCCUGAAAUAAAGAUUUUCAUCCAAUAAACAGAAUAUGUCGUGU